AUAUAUCUAACUGCUUAACGUUGCAUCUUGUUUCCGUUUAAACGAAAAUGGCCGCCGUGGUGAAUUAUUCUCCUCCUUGGUGGGUUAACCUGCUGCACCGUCUUCCUCACUUCAACCUGCGCUUCGAGCAAAUCAGCAGCGAGUUCCAGCCAGAGGACUCCUCAUACCAGCAGUCCAUUCUGCUGCUGGGAGCAGUGGCUCUAGCCUGCCUGGCCCUGGACCUCCUCUUCCUGCUCUUCUACUCAUUCUGGCUUUGCUGCCGCCGCAAGAAGAGCAGCGAGCAGCCCAAUGCCGACUGCUGCUGCACGGCCUGGUGUGUCAUCAUUGCCACCCUUGUGUGCAGCGCUGGCAUUGCCGUUGGUUUCUACGGGAAUGGAGAGACCUGCGAUGGUGUUAACCGGAUCACUUACUCACUGCGCCACGCCAACCGUACUAUCGCCGGCGUACAGAAACUGGUAUUAGACAGCGCCAGCUCCUUGAAUCUGACCGUCGAUGAGAAUUUGCAGCAGUUGGAGAGAGAGUACACGAAGCACGCUGAUUAUCUGUCGAUUGUGCAGAAGCUGCAGGGCCAGCUGGAUGAUCUGCUCAAACAGAUGGUGGAGAUCCCUUUCUGGCGCAAUCCUAGCAUCUCUCUGGAGGUGCUGGCCGUCAGAAUCGAACUGUAUGACUGGUAUAGGUGGCUGGGCUAUCUGGGUCUUCUUUUGUUCGAUGUGCUCAUCUGCCUGCUGGUGCUCUUUGGCCUUAUUCGCAACUCUAAAGGAACUCUGAUUGGGGUCUGUUUACUGGGCGUGUUGGCACUAGUAAUCAGCUGGGGAUCGCUGGGUUUGGAGCUGGCUGUAUCCUCGAGCUCUAGUGACUUCUGUGUGGCGCCCGACAUGUACGUCGCGGAAGUGGCCGAACGCUACGGAGUCCUCAACAAAGACAUCCUGCAGUAUUACCUCCGGUGCAACGUGGGCCAAACCAACCCCUUCCAACAGAAGCUGUCUGGAAGCCACAAGGCUCUGGUGGAGAUGCAGGACGAAGUGUUGGGGCUCCUGCGUUCUGCAGUGCAAAAAUUCCCCCAAACCAAAAGCAAUCUGGAGCAGAUUCAGGGGGUGUUGAACACCACUGAAAUCGGCCUGCAUCAGCUGACUGCCCUGGUGGACUGCCGCAGUCUGCACAUGGACUACGUACAGGCUGUGACGGGGCUGUGCUACGACGGUCUGGAAGGACUGAUCUACCUGGUGCUCUUUUCCUUUGUCACAGCCCUCAUGUUCAGCUCCAUCAUCUGCAGCGUGCCUCACACAUGGCAGGGUCGGAGGCCCAGCGAAGCAAACGAGGAAGACUCUGCAGCUUCUGGAGGAAGACAGAACCACGAUAACCUGUACCGGGUGCACAUGCCGAGCCUAUACAGCUGUGGCAGCAGCUACGGCAGCGAGACCAGCAUCCCUGCAGCGGCACACACCGUCAGCAACGCCCCCGUUACUGAGUACAUGACACAGAAUGCAAACUUCCAAAAUCCUCGCUGUGAGAACACUCCUCUUAUUGGGAGAGAGUCGCCUCCACCUUCUUACACUUCCAGCAUGAGGGCCAAGUACCUGGCCAACGCCCGGCCCGAUCCCAACAGCAGCACCGCAGCACACUAGAGAGCUCCUAGGGACGUCCCUGUGCGCGCUCUCUCUCUCUCUCUCUCUCUCUCUCUCUCUCUCUCUCUCUCUCUCUCUCUCUCUCUCUCUCUCUCUCUCACACACACAAACACACACACACACUCAUAAAUGUGCCCUUGUUCCUAUGACACAAACAGACCCCGCCCAUCCUACUUCAGACAAGAAGGACAUCAACACAUUCACCAUUGAAGAGGCCCCUUGUUUACACAUGAUUGGCCACAGUUCCAAAUAGUGGCUUACUCCUGACGUGCGUGUGUGCGCGUGUGUGUGCGCGUGUACGUGUGUGUGUGUGUGUACAGUGUGUGUGUGUGUGUGUGUGUAUGUAUGUAUGUAUGUAUGUACGUGUGUGUGUGCGUAUGUGUGCGUGUGCAUAUGUUUUCUAGGUCUCUCACUGUGUGUGUGUGUGUGUGUGUGUGUGUACGUGUGUACGUGUGUGUACGUACACAUGUUUGUUCAUACACGCUGCCGUUGCUUUCUUGUGGUGCUUUUGCCAGAAGAGCCUAAAGCCCCAGAAGUACAAAGCCAGUCGGGGUAACUGGCCUCAAAUUAAAUCACAUUCCUGCAUGACUUCUAUAACGUGACCUCGUGUGUGCGUGUGUGUAUAUAGGAUUAUUUGACAGGUUAAGACUUUCUACGCUUUCAACCCAAACCGUAACAUCCAUUCUGAUUAGCUGGAUCUGUAACGCGAUCUAAACUCCACGCCGGAUAUCUACAUGUAUCACGUCACGAAAGAAGAGCGCGACGUCUGCAAUAGGAAUGAAUGCUGAUGGUUAGACUGGUUUUGAACAAAGUGUGUUUUUAAAUUCACUGAUUCAGUGGUGCUAGCUAAUCUAUUGAAAUCUGAAAAGACUUACUGCCAUUAUGUAUACGGAAAGAAAACAAGUAGCAAUAGUGAGGAAUGGCUUUGGGGGUGUUAGCUCUUGCUUAAUAUUUCAUUCUCAGCUCUCGUUUAGGUGGAGUAGUGUUAAUUCAAAUGAAAGCCAUGGCCAGCUUUAGAAAGCCUGGUGUACGCUUGUCUUUCCUUUUUCCCCCACCGUGCGUGUAAAUAACCAAUCCGAGGUCCCGAGUAGUGUGAUUGAAACGAGACUUGCGCACAAUAUAAAACAGCAGUGUUGCUGAGUAAGAGCUGCUCAGGUUCCACACAUGCACACAAAAUAGCAUAUGAGGGUUUGGGCACUCGAUCCCAUUCACCUCGGUUCUCUUAUAUAUCAUACCAACCAGACAUAAGGCCUGGGAUAGCAAGAUUUCUGAUAUUAUUUUGGUCUUACAUGUCUCCACCAUGGAAAUUACAGGUUACCGGUUAUCUAUAGCAUACGUGUUGCAUGCUUGCAGCUGUUUUUCCUCCACAGGAGGAUUUAUCAUCGUGUACUUGAGAACUUCUCUGUACUGUACAUCAACAUGAACUAUGAACUUGGACGUAUCGCUGGGCAAGCUUGGACCCGAACAUGGCUGUUCAAGUUUCGAUUUUUUUUGUUCCCCCCCAAUCUUUCGAAGCAGGAUGGACUCUCAGAGGAAUAAGGACAGCUGACUCCAGCGUGAAAUGUCCAAGACUGCUUCAUUUAACGUCCGCACUGACUCCUCCGCUCCUACUCGGCAAUGUUAUAACCACUAAUCCACUACCACAGACUCCAACAGCAGCUGCAGCACAUCAGGUCCAAGGAGAAAGUGCUAUAUGGAAACGUGCAUCUCCGCAGAUGAUCACACACAGGACAUACAUACACACACAUACACGUACACACACAUGUUGAUGCAUGAUCGACUGUCCACCAUGACCGGGUUCCUCGCACAGAUUCGAACGUGGAUGAUCUCCUGAAGAGGGUGGCAGUGACUUGGUCAUCGGUGUCCUGAUUUCUUGCUCAGCUCGUCUCUUCCUCUGUCCUUCUGAACUGCACCCUGCUAUGCAAUGUCAUGCGCAGUGGUGCGAGCCAAACAGAAAACCACUUCAACAUUCCCAGCUCAGACUGGGGCUGAAUAAAGUUCCCAAAAUGCUACACGGACCGAACCGUUCCAUGUACAGUCACUUUCCUGGGACGGAAGCCGUGUAAGGACAGGUGUAGAACUGAUGCAUAACCAAGCUGAAGCUCCCGCUGGACUAGAAGGAACAUCCGGAUUUUUGGAAAAAGGCGCAAAAGGGAUUGUGAAAGACUUGGUGAGGGGGGCGGGGAAUGGGAAUGGAACCUGGGUUAUUUGUGUCUUUUAGCUCAUAGCUGAACAUCUUUAGCUUUCUGGACUAUAAGCAUUUGUUCAUUCACUUCUCUGAGGCAUGGUGACCUUUUCAAUGUGGAGUGUGAAGUGUUCUCGUGUGCUACUGAUGCUUAUUUUUUGGGUUCCUUGAAUUAUGCUAUUAUUGCAAUCAAUAACGAGGCAAGGUUCCUCGACUGUGCCAACAACCAAACCAUGACUUUUAAUCUUUCUCAUACCUUUUAAAUGUUUCACGUUUAAAUGGGCCUUUUUGUACAUUCACAGCUCGGCCUAGCCUGAGCAACCGAGCGAGUCACCUGUGAACAUGAGCCUGCUUUUAAGAAUUUUUUUUUCUAUGUGAACGACCAUUUGUUAGUGAUGCAAUAUGUUUUAUUCUUUUUACAUCAUACUCUGUUAAUUUCAUAAUGCUAGAACAGUGUCUGUCUCUCUGUGUGUGUGUGUGUGUAUGUAUGUAUGUGUAUAUAUAUAUAUAUAUAUAUAUAUAUAUAUAUAUAUAUAUAUAUAUAUAUAUAUAUAUAUAUAUAUAUAUAUAUAUAUAUAUAUAUACACACACACACACACACACAUACACACAUGCUAUAUAUAUAAAAAAUUACAAUGCAAAAUGAAGAAAACCGCGAGACAGAUUUGCAGUACCAUAGUGCAAAAUGUCACACUUCAUCUCAUUUGACUUUUUUUUCCUAGUCAUCGUGUCAUAUUUUUAGAAUGAUUAGUAAGCACAAUUAUUAUUUUUUUUGUCUUAUGUGAAUAACUGACUUUGGCAUUUCAUUUAAUUGUUUUGAUUAAAUUUCUUAAUUCAAUUUGAUUCAUUUUUAUUUUUUCCGUUUUUCUUUUCUCCCCCCUUUUUAAUUUUUGGCAUUUACUAAAUAAUUGUACAUGUUAAACCUGUGGUUUUAUUCAGCUUGAACUCAGUGUUUUCAGAUUAAAAUAACAUGAACUGACAGCAAA